AUGUUUGGGAAACGAAACGUUCAAUAUUGUGGUGGCUGUGAAGGAACAUGCCAAAAUUGUGGUUCACCACGUUAUGAAUGCUUAGCAGAGGGAAAUUAUGUUAUGUUACUCCACACUCACUUUCCAAAACGUCUUGCAUCUUGGCCGUGGUACUUUGGUACACGCCAUGGAUCAUCGGCUACACCUGCACCAGGCCGUAUUUAUUCACAGAGGCAUUUAUUUGAAGUGAAAAAAAACCAGCUGAAGGCGAAUAACCCUGACAAAUAUGCGUUAGCAUCGGAUUUCUUGGCACAUCGGGCUGAUCGUCCAAAAGACUACAAGCCAGACACACCUGCAGGUCGAACUAUCAUCCCUUCCCCGCAAGAAAAAAAACUUCUCGUUCUAACUAGGAUGUAUAAACGCGAGGCUGAUAUUCCGGAAUCUAUCAGUGAAGUGCGUAUUGCAAUGAUGAAGGAACGUCUGAAUUUUAUGGUAUCAAUUUUCUAUGUAUCAACAGUGUUCCUUGCAUUUUUGACGACAAUAAAGACAAUGUAUCGCACAAGGACUAUAGUGGGCGACUCUUAA